UGUAGGGGCUUUAAGUGAUGCUUUAUGUAGGGAGCUCUGGCAUGCUUGUGCUGGACCUCUUGUAACCCUACUCGUGAAGGGGAAAGAGUUUAUUAUUUCCCUGAAGGUCACAUGGAGCAGCUUGAGGCAUCAAUGCAUCAAGGUUCGGAGCAAAAGAUGCCUUCCUUUAAUCUCCCAUCUAAGAUUCUCUGUAAAGUGAUCAAUAUCCAGCGCAGGGCGGAGCCAGAGACUGACGAAGUAUAUGCGCAAAUAACCUUACUGCCAGAAGCGGAUCAAAGUGAGCCUAUGAGCCCGGAUGCCCUGUUCAAGAACCUGAAAAGUGCACAGUACAUUCAUUUUGCAAGACACUAA